GAGAGACAUUAGACAUGAGGCGUAUUUACCUUAGGAGCACCGAGCUGUUUUGACAUCUGAACAGUCAUUUGCAGCUGUCAUAACAGCUAUCUUAUAUGGAAAAUCAAUCCACUGGCCUUUAUGAAAGCAAAGGCAUAGAGGAUUUGUGACCGUUUCUGCGCGCGCUGCGCACGUGGGCAUGUUGCGAUGGCAUGCACGAGGAGAACCAAAACUUUGGUGUCCACGUGCGUGAUUUUAAGCGGUAUGACUAAUAUUUUAUGUCUCCUUUACGUCGGCUGGAUCACCAAUUAUAUGUCUAAUAGCGGGAACGCCAAAGUUGCAGGUAGGACGCCCAUGAAAAAGUUUGAUGACGAUACCCGAGGAGAAACGCUGCGGAUUAUUGAGAGACUCGACCGACUGGAGAGUGUUGUUAACCAACACAUCCAAGAGAAACCACUGAAGGAUGGGGAAGACACAGCCUACCUGUCCCUCUCUGGCUCACUGUUUGCCCGCUGGGGUCAUGACCUCGGCCCAGAGAGCCGCAAGGUGGCCCUGAAGAAGUUCCAGUAUUAUGGUUACAACAGUUACCUCAGCGACAGACUGUCUUUGGACAGAACGAUCCCAGACCUCAGGCCUGACGGGUGCAGAAACAUCUCAUACCCAUCCAGUCUACCACAAGUUAGCAUCAUCUUCAUCUUUGUGAAUGAAGCUCUGUCAGUCAUCCUGCGCUCCGUUCAUUCAGUGAUCCGUCGGACGCCCUCCCACCUACUCAAGGAGAUUAUACUUGUUGAUGACAACAGCAGCAACGCCGAACUGAGAGAAAACCUGCAGAGGUUUGUAGAAGAGACCAACCAGCAGCAUCCUGACUUCAUUAAAUUGGUUCGGCAUGACAAACAGGAGGGUUUGAUUCGCUCUCGUGUGAGUGGCUGGAGAGCUGCCACCGCCUCCAUCGUGGCCCUGUUUGAUGCCCAUGUGGAAUUCAGCAUGGGAUGGGCUGAACCAAUCCUUCACAGAAUUAAAGAAGACAGAACCAGGGUCAUCUCCCCCACUUUUGACAACAUUAAAUACGACACGUUUGAGAUUGAAGAGUAUCCUCUAUCUGCUCAAGGCUUUGACUGGGAACUGUGGUGUCGCUACCUGAACCCUCCCAAAUCCUGGUGGACACAGAAGAACCAAACUGCACCAAUCAGGAGUCCUGCUCUGAUUGGCUGCUUCGUGGUGGAUAGAGAAUAUUUUGAGGAGAUUGGACUGCUGGAUGAAGGGAUGGAAGUUUAUGGAGGGGAAAACGUGGAGCUGGGGAUCCGGGUAUGGCUGUGUGGAGGAAGUGUGGAGGUCAUGCCCUGCUCCAGAAUAGCUCAUAUCGAGCGUGCCCACAAGCCGUACACAGAAGAUCUAGCAACUCAUGUGCGUAGGAACGCAUUGAGAGUGGCGGAGGUGUGGAUGGACGAGUUCAAGAGCCAUGUUUACAUGGCCUGGAAUGUUCCACAACAGAACUCAGGGAUCGAUAUUGGUGAUAUCACAGAGAGAAAAGCUCUCAGACAGAGGCUCCAGUGCAAGCCCUUUAGCUGGUUCCUGAAGAAUAUUUAUUCUGAGAUGAGAACCUACACAGAUACAAUCGCCUAUGGUGUACUGAGAAACAGCCUGAGGCCAGAUCUGUGUGUGGAUCAAGGACCUGACUCAGACAACAUUCCCAUCCUAUAUAUCUGCCACGGGUUGACGCCUCAGAAUGUGUACUACACCAGCUCUCAGCAGUUGCAUAUUGGAGGAUUGAGUCCAACCAUUGAUGAUGAUGACAACAAGUGCCUGGUGGACGUGAACGGCCGGCUGCGACUGCUUGAAUGCAGCUAUGCCAGCAACAAGCACAUGAAGCCGUCCUGGCUCUUUACUCAGGGAGGCUCGAUUCAGAACAGGAAGUCGAAGCGUUGCCUGGAGCUGGUAGAAAGUACAGAAGUGGAGCAUGGUUACCAGCUGGCUCUUCAGAAGUGUAGCAAUCAGAAAUGGACAAUUACAAAUGUAUUGCCUGGCAAAGUUCUAUAAUGUCAUGGUAUCUUUUGAGGGACUUGCAUAGUGCAGUUAUCACUAAAUUUAAAAUGUACUGGGAGUGCGUCUCAUUUUUUAAAUUGUGCAUCCUCGUCAUUCAAUUUUACAAAUUGCUUCGAUUCCUCCUUUCUCAUUUCCUAAGAGGAUGGAGCAAGGACACAAGGAAAGUAAAGAAGGAAACGAAACGAAAAUGCACAAUUUUAGAAAUGGGAAGCACCCUAAUAUGCUGUGUCCCUUUACAUGUAUUGAUGUUUUGUCAGACAGAGGACAAAACUGUAUGAUGACACCUUAAAGUGUCAUGCCUGGAAUUCAAUGACAUCAUGGAACAAAUGUCAAAAUCUCCUACUGAUUAUUUUUAUUUAAUUUUGACCAAAAGAGAUUGGUUGAGACUGUGAUGCUUAAAUGUAUAUCAACAGAGCUCUUGUGCUGUAUGAUUUAAGGUUGCAUGGGCUCUUGUAUAUUUAGGCUUCUUUUUUUUUUUUCUUUUUUUUUUUGCUACUGUGUAGCACAAAAUUGAAAUUUAAUUUUUAGUUUUUU